UGAAACAAGAUCAUGUAUUCCCAACCACCACGAAACUACCUCCCAAGUUCAUGAAUCCUACCUUAUCUUCUUCCCUAUAUAAAUCCUUCGCCAUCUCCAUCAUUUCUCACACCCUCCAUCACUCUCUUCCUCAUCACUUCCAUAAUCUACAAACAUGCCUUCUUCUUCUACUACCACGAUCAUCUCCAAAUGCACAAUCUACCCUGAUCAGAAAUCAUCAAUCAAAACACUCAAGCUCUCUGUUUCUGAUCUUCCUAUGCUCUCUUGCCAGUAUAUCCAAAAGGGUGUUCUUCUUUCUUAUCCACCUUACUCGUUUGAUGAUCUCAUUACAUUUCUCAAACGCUCUCUUUCUACUGCUCUUUCUUUCUUCCCUGCUCUCGCCGGUCGUCUCUCGACGGACUCUGAUGGCCAUGUUCAUAUAGUUUGUAAUGAUGCUGGUGUCUAUUUCAUACAAGCUAAAGCUAGGCACCUUUAUAUCGAUAACGUUCUUUCUCCUUCUGAUGUUCCUGAUUGCUUCAAGGGUUUCUUCAGUUUUGAUAAAAUGCUUAGUUAUUCUGGUCACUCUAAUCCCUUGGCUGCAGUUCAGGUCACUGAGCUUGCAGAUGGUGUUUUCAUUGGCUGUAUUGUGAAUCAUGCAGUUACUGAUGGAACUUCGUUUUGGCAUUUCUUUAAUACUUUUGCUGAAAUCUGUAAAGGAGCCAAGAAAAUAUCAAAUUCUCCUGAUUUUAGCCGCGACACCGUUUUCAACUCUCCGGCCGUGCUUAAAUUCCCUGCUGGUGGCCCGAAGAUUACCUUCUCUGGUAACGAGCCAUUGCGUGAGAGAAUUUUCCACUUUAGCAGAGAAGCUAUUCUCAAGCUUAAAUACAAAGCUAAUAACGGUAAUCUCUUAUGUGACCCGGUAGAGAUUUUGGGAAAACAAUGCAAUGACAGUUGGAAAGUCGUUAACGGAGGAGACUUCUCUGAGAAUUUCUUAAAGAACAAAACGAUAGAAAUAUCGUCGUUUCAAUCAUUGUGCGCACAGCUUUGGCGGUCGGUCACACGUGCGAGGAAUCUCUUUCCCUCUAAAACGACAACAUUUCGUAUGGCAGUAAACUGCCGGCAUCGACUCGAGCCGCGACUCCACCCGUACUACUUUGGAAACGCUAUACAGAGCAUUCCCACAGUGGCUCCGGUGGGAGAGCUGCUCUCUCAUAAUUUAAACUGGGGAGCUGAGCUGCUGCACAAAAACGUCGUCGCACAUGACGACGGUACGGUGAGGAAGGGAGUAGCAGAUUGGGAGAGGGAACCACGCUUGUUCCCGCUAGGAAACUUCGACGGUGCAUCAAUCACGAUGGGUAGUUCUCCGAGAUUUCCCAUGUACAAUAAUGAUUUUGGGUGGGGCCGACCUUUGGCCAUUAGGAGUGGUAGAGCCAAUAAAUUUGAUGGUAAGAUUUCAGCUUUUCCGGGGAGAGAAGGGAAUGGGAGUGUGGAUCUGGAGGUUGUUCUGGCACCGGAAACAAUGGCUGGGCUUGAAAUGGAUGGUGAAUUCAUGCAGUACGUAUCGACAAGCGUGUGAGUGAGUUACAGCGUAGUAAAACUGGAAUGGAUUUGGAAGAUGAGAAAAUAUCGGCGAGGUUCGGAUAAAUGGUACACAUUUGAAGGAAUCUGAUUGGAUGGUGGAGGAUGCAGUCGCUGUCAAAAUCGUGGAGGUCAAAUAUGGUGGUGAUGGUUACUGCGGUCGGAUAAAUGAUUUGGACGGUUGUGAUUUUCUGCUUCUUUUUUCUUUUCUUUUUUUUUUUUAUAUAAAAAAUUAAGAAGGAAUAUAAUAGGCAAAACAGCACCGUAUUUGUGCUGUUUGGGCCAGCAGUGUGUGUGUGUGUGUGCGAGUGUUCAAGUGCUUGUAAAUGGGGCAACUGGCAAAACGACAUGAUCAUGGGAAAAGGAACCACAGGUUCUUAAUGUAUGAUGCUUUUUAAUCGA